GUCCGGGGAUCCCUGCGCCUCUGCGCCGGAGGAAGAGGCUGAAUGAGGCGCCGCGCGGGGGACGUGGGGCGCCGCGGAGGAGGCGGCGGGAUGGGAGCAGACGCUGGCGACGCGCGAGGCCGGGCUGGAGCGGCGCGCUAGAGCCCUGACGUGCCCCCCUUUCUUUCUUCUCUCGGCCGGGGAAAGCAUGAGCGAGCAGACCCGCCGCUGCGGCGGCCGCCCCGGCUCCUCGCGUCCGCGUCCGCGUCCCCUGGCCGCCAGUCGCCGGUGAGAGACGCGAAGGCGCGCGGGGGAAGAUGGGGGCCGUGCUGAGGAGCCUCCUGGCCUGCAGCUUCUGCGUGCUACUGAGAGCGGCCCCUUUGUUGCUUUAUGCAAACAGACGGGACUUGAGAUUGGUUGAUGCUACAAAUGGCAAAGAGAACGCUACGAUUGUAGUUGGAGGCUUGGAGGACGCUGCUGCGGUGGACUUUGUGUUUGGUCAUGGCUUGAUAUACUGGAGUGAUGUCAGUGAAGAAGCCAUUAAGCGAACUGAAUUUAACAAAACCGAGAGUGUACAGAAUGUUGUUGUUUCUGGAUUAUUGUCCCCCGAUGGGCUGGCAUGUGAUUGGCUUGGAGAAAAAUUGUACUGGACAGAUUCUGAAACUAAUCGGAUUGAAGUUUCCAAUUUAGAUGGAUCUUUACGAAAAGUUUUAUUUUGGCAAGAGUUGGAUCAACCUAGAGCUAUUGCCUUAGAUCCUUCAAGCGGGUUCAUGUACUGGACAGAUUGGGGAGAAGUGCCAAAGAUAGAACGUGCUGGAAUGGAUGGUUCAAGUCGCUUUGUUAUAAUAAACACUGAAAUUUACUGGCCAAAUGGACUGACUUUGGAUUAUGAAGAACGGAAGCUUUAUUGGGCAGAUGCAAAGCUUAAUUUCAUCCAUAAAUCAAACCUGGAUGGAACAAAUCGACAGGCAGUGGUUAAAGGUUCCCUUCCACAUCCUUUUGCCUUAACGUUAUUUGAGGACACACUGUACUGGACUGACUGGAAUACACACUCCAUUUUGGCGUGCAACAAGUAUACUGGCGAGGGUCUGCGUGAAAUCCAUUCUAACAUCUUCUCUCCCAUGGAUAUACAUGCCUUCAGCCAGCAGAGGCAGCCAAAUGCUACAAAUCCAUGUGGAAUUGAUAAUGGUGGUUGUUCCCAUUUGUGUUUGAUGUCUCCAGUCAAGCCUUUUUAUCAGUGUGCUUGCCCAACUGGGGUCAGACUCCUGGAGAAUGGAAAAACCUGUAAAGAUGGUGCCACUGAACUAUUGCUUUUAGCCCGACGGACAGACUUGAGGCGCAUUUCUCUGGACACACCAGAUUUUACAGACAUUGUCCUGCAGUUAGAAGACAUCCGGCAUGCCAUUGCCAUAGACUACGAUCCUGUGGAAGGCUAUAUCUACUGGACUGAUGAUGAAGUGAGGGCCAUCCGCCGUUCCUUUAUAGAUGGAUCUGGGAGUCAGUUUGUGGUCACUGCUCAGAUUGCUCAUCCUGAUGGUAUUGCUGUUGACUGGGUUGCACGAAAUCUGUACUGGACAGACACUGGCACUGAUCGGAUAGAAGUGACAAGGCUCAAUGGAACCAUGAGGAAGAUCUUGAUUUCAGAGGACUUAGAGGAACCCCGGGCUAUUGUGUUAGAUCCUAUGGUUGGGUAUAUGUAUUGGACUGACUGGGGAGAAAUCCCGAAAAUUGAACGAGCUGCUCUGGAUGGUUCUGACCGAGUGGUACUGGUUAAUACUUCUCUUGGUUGGCCAAAUGGUUUAGCCUUGGAUUAUGAUGAAGGCACAAUAUACUGGGGAGAUGCCAAAACAGACAAAAUUGAGGUUAUGAAUACUGAUGGCACUGGGAGACGAGUACUGGUGGAAGACAAAAUUCCUCACAUAUUUGGGUUUACCUUGUUGGGUGACUAUGUUUACUGGACUGAUUGGCAGAGGCGUAGUAUCGAAAGGGUGCACAAGCGAAGUGCAGAGAGGGAGAUCAUCAUAGACCAGCUGCCUGACCUCAUGGGGCUCAAGGCCACAAAUGUUCAUCGAGUCAUUGGUUCUAACCCUUGUGCUGAGGAAAAUGGGGGGUGUAGCCAUCUUUGCCUCUAUAGACCUCAGGGUCUUCGCUGUGCCUGUCCCAUUGGCUUUGAACUCAUCAGUGACAUGAAGACCUGCAUUGUCCCGGAGGCUUUUCUUCUCUUUUCCCGGAGAGCAGAUAUCAGACGGAUAUCUCUGGAAACAAACAAUAAUAAUGUGGCCAUUCCUCUCACUGGUGUCAAAGAAGCUUCUGCUUUGGAUUUUGAUGUCACAGACAAUCGGAUUUACUGGACUGAUAUAUCACUCAAGACUAUCAGCAGAGCCUUUAUGAAUGGAAGUGCACUGGAACAUGUAGUCGAGUUUGGCUUAGAUUAUCCAGAAGGCAUGGCAGUGGAUUGGCUUGGGAAGAACUUGUACUGGGCAGACACAGGAACAAAUCGCAUUGAGGUGUCAAAGUUGGAUGGACAGCACCGGCAGGUUUUGGUAUGGAAAGACCUUGACAGUCCCCGAGCUCUCGCAUUGGACCCUGCUGAAGGAUUUAUGUAUUGGACUGAAUGGGGUGGAAAACCAAAGAUUGACAGAGCUGCUAUGGAUGGAAGUGAGCGUACCACGUUAGUUCCAAAUGUGGGGCGAGCAAAUGGCCUAACUAUCGAUUAUGCUAAAAGGAGGCUUUACUGGACAGACCUGGACACCAACUUAAUAGAAUCUUCAAAUAUGCUUGGACUCAACCGUGAAGUUAUAGCAGAUGACUUGCCUCAUCCUUUUGGCUUAACUCAAUACCAAGAUUACAUCUACUGGACGGACUGGAGCCGACGCAGCAUUGAACGUGCCAACAAAACCAGUGGCCAAAACCGCACUAUCAUCCAGGGCCAUUUGGAUUAUGUGAUGGACAUCCUUGUCUUUCACUCCUCUCGGCAGGCAGGGUGGAAUGAAUGUGCCUCCAGCAAUGGGCACUGCUCCCACCUCUGUCUAGCUGUGCCAGUUGGAGGUUUUGUGUGUGGAUGCCCUGCCCACUACUCUCUGAAUGCCGAUAACAGGACUUGUAGUGCUCCGACCACUUUCCUGCUCUUCAGUCAAAAGAGUGCCAUCAACCGCAUGGUGAUUGAUGAACAGCAGAGUCCUGACAUCAUCCUUCCUAUCCACAGCCUUCGGAAUGUCCGGGCCAUUGACUAUGACCCUCUGGACAAGCAGCUCUAUUGGAUUGACUCACGACAAAACAUGAUCCGAAAAGCACAAGAAGAUGGUAGCCAGGGUUUUACUGUAGUUGUAAGCUCAGUUCUGAAUCAGAACCUAGAAAUACAGCCAUAUGACCUCAGCAUUGAUAUUUAUAGCCGCUAUAUCUACUGGACUUGUGAAGUGACCAAUGUCAUCGAUGUAACAAGAUUAGAUGGGAGAUCAAUUGGAGUGGUUCUAAAAGGCGAGCAAGACAGACCUCGAGCCAUUGUGGUAAACCCAGAGAAAGGGUAUAUGUAUUUUACCAAUCUUCAGGAACGAUCUCCCAAAAUUGAGCGUGCUGCACUGGAUGGAACAGAACGGGAGGUCCUCUUUUUCAGUGGCUUGAGUAAACCAAUUGCUUUGGCUCUUGAUAGUAAGCUGGGCAAGCUCUUCUGGGCUGAUUCUGAUCUCCGGCGAAUUGAAAGCAGCGAUCUUUCAGGUGCCAAUAGGAUAGUGUUAGAAGACUCUAAUAUCUUGCAGCCUGUGGGUCUGACCGUCUUUGAAAACUGGCUGUAUUGGAUUGAUAAACAGCAGCAAAUGAUUGAAAAAAUUGAUAUGACUGGUCGAGAGGGCAGAACCAAGGUCCAGGCACGAAUUGCCCAACUAAGCGACAUUCAUGCAGUAAAGGAACUGAACCUUCAGGAAUACAGACAACACCCUUGUGCUCAGGAUAAUGGUGGCUGCUCACAUAUUUGCCUUGUAAAAGGAGAUGGUACUACAAGGUGCUCCUGUCCCAUGCACUUAGUUCUCCUUCAAGAUGAGCUGUCCUGUGGAGAACCCCCAACGUGUUCUCCUCAGCAGUUCACUUGUUUCACUGGGGAAAUUGACUGCAUCCCGGUGGCUUGGAGGUGUGAUGGAUUCACUGAAUGUGAAGACCAUAGUGAUGAACUCAAUUGUCCUGUAUGCUCAGAGUCUCAGUUCCAGUGCACCAGUGGACAGUGCAUUGAUGCUGCCCUUCGAUGCAAUGGUGAUGCAAACUGCCAGGAUAAAUCAGAUGAGAAGAACUGUGAAGUGCUUUGUUUAAUUGAUCAGUUCCGUUGUGCCAAUGGUCAGUGUGUUGGAAAGCACAAGAAAUGUGACCAUAAUGUGGACUGCAGUGACAAAUCUGAUGAACUGGAUUGUUAUCCAACUGAAGAGCCAGCACCACAGGCCACCAAUACUGUUGGUUCAGUUAUUGGAGUAAUUGUCACCAUCUUUGUGUCUGGAACCAUAUACUUUGUCUGCCAGAGGCUGCUCUGUCCACGUAUGAAGGGAGAUGGGGAAACUAUGACCAGUGACUAUGUGGUUCACGGGCCAGCAUCUGUGCCCCUCGGCUAUGUUCCGCACCCAAGUUCUCUGUCAGGAUCUCUUCCAGGAAUGUCUCGAGGCAAAUCAAUGAUCAGCUCCCUCAGUAUCAUGGGGGGAAGCAGUGGACCCCCAUAUGAUCGAGCACAUGUCACAGGAGCAUCAUCAAGCAGUUCUUCAAGCACCAAAGGCACUUACUUUCCUGCAAUUUUGAACCCGCCACCAUCCCCCGCUACAGAGCGAUCUCAUUACACCAUGGAAUUUGGUUAUUCUUCAAAUAGCCCUUCCACUCACAGGUCCUACAGUUAUAGGCCAUACAGCUACCGGCACUUUGCACCGCCCACUACACCCUGCAGCACAGAUGUCUGUGACAGUGACUAUGCUCCUAGCCGGAGAAUGACCUCUGUGGCAACAGCCAAGGGCUAUACCAGUGAUUUGAACUAUGACUCAGAACCUGUGCCCCCACCACCCACACCCCGAAGCCAGUACUUAUCAGCUGAGGAGAACUAUGAAAGCUGCCCCCCCUCUCCAUACACAGAGCGGAGCUACUCCCACCACCUGUACCCACCACCACCCUCUCCCUGCACUGACUCCUCCUGAGGAGGGGCCCUCCUCCUCUGACUGCCUCCACCGGGAAAAUGUAAAUACACAUCUGGUUGAGAUCUUGAGGGGGGGAGGGAGUGACUAGAGAAGAGUGAGGCAGACCAUGUACAGUUCACAUUGUAGAAUGGGGAGGGAAUGCUGGAGAUAUUUGUACAGAAGAAAGGAUAUUUAUAUAUUUUCUUAAAACAGCAGAUUUGCUGCUUGUGCCAUAAAAGUUUGUAUAAAAAAUACAUUUGUACUAAAAGUUUUAUUUUUGCAAUCUAAAUACACAAAGCAUGCCUUAAACCCAGUGAACGGACUGAGUACAGAGGAAACAGGAAUACUAAAGACAUCACUGACCAGGAAUGUCUGGGCUUUAAUGAUUCCAUCUCAGACUGGCAAACCGUAGAUUGGAAGUAGCUAGAUAGCCUUCAGGUUAACUAACAUUUGAGGGCCAACACGUUAAGAAAUCAUGAAAGAAUAAUAAUAAUAAUAAUAAUAAUAAAUUUUGGACAAAGGGCUUUUUCUUCUCUAGGAAUCCAACAAUUUUCAUGAGAAAAAUAAAUACUUGUAAAAAUCUAUUCUGGGUGUUGCAGUUGUAGGGAGAUCAAAUGUCUGUCGCAGGAUGCUGUGGAGCUGGUACGAGUCUUCUGUCCCUACCUGAAAGCCCACACUUCUGUCAAAAUGGAUGUUUCUUGUAGGUAUUUCCACCUUGCUGCCUCCCCAGCAACGUGUAGGCCAUUUGCCAAAAGUCAUGGUUUAGUCAGGCUUUUGUAAUCAGAGGAAUUGAGUAAAUGGAAUUUACUAAAUUAGGGAUUGAUUUCAGUAUAUCUACUAUAUCUGUUUACCAUUAGGCUUAGCUGUUCAAGUUGUUGGCUGUUUUUGCAUAAUGAUCAAAAGUUAGCCAUAUUAUUGGUCUUCCAAGAUUGUGUUAGUGCUCAUUAAAGUGUCUUUACAGCACAUAUAGACAGUACUCAAAAUUAAAGCUCUAACCAUUGUUUUGUUGUAGUUAAUCAUACAUCCUUGCAGUACUCAAGCGUGUGCUAUCACAGUGUGAAAUCAUUUUCAAUGUAUAUUUUUUGAGUAAAACAUUUAAAUGUGCUCUGGUUAGAAAUAAUCUAUUUAAAAAUUUUUUUUUGUUAUUAUGAGGUUUCUCUAUAUUAACUUUAUGACAUUUUUAUGUCUUUAGACCAGUUUUUCUCAGAAUGAUGUCUUCGUACAUACCUCUUUAAAUGUAUGACGUGAGUUACCUUGUUACCCACUGUGAAUGUUUUCAGAUGAUCCACAAUUUAUCCUUACAGUCACUUCCUGUAUUUUUAUGUGUGUUCUUUCUGAUGGCCAUUAUGGAAUAAGAUGAUUUCACAAAUUGUUGAUCAGCGGGGAUUGAACGAGAAGACUCACUGUGAACUUCUCAGCUGCGGGGACUUGGGCAGAGGGAACUUCUGCAAUGUGCCUGACCUGCUGUCUUACGGUACUGGGGCAUCUACAUCCGCAGCUGUCAGGGCUGACCUGUGGGAUGAUCCGAACACUUCUCGCUGCUGUGCCGGAAGUUACUGUCCUGCUUUUUACUUGCAUCUAGCACUCCUCAGCUAAAACUGAUCUGUUUUUAAACUAGUAUGUUUUUGCUUAGCAGGUGUUGGUUACUUAUAUCUUGAUGAGGCCUCUUUAAAUUUUAAAGCCUAAAAGAAAACAAUGGAAGGAUUCAGAAGUUUGGCAGAGGUAACCUAAAAAACAAAAAUAAUUUUUUUUUAAGAGAAAAAUUAUCAGGCCAGGCAUGGUGGCAAACACCUUUAAUCCCAGCCCUUGGGAGGCAGAAGCAGGAGGAUCUCUGAGUUAAGACCAGCCUGGUCUAUACAUUGAGUUCCAGGCCAGCCAGGGCUGCAUCCCUGUCUCAGAGAGAAAUUCCCAUUUCAUUAUCAUUUCAAAAUAUUGCUCAGAUUGUUAGGGGCAGCUUAUUAAGAGUUGGGUGCACUUGAUCUUGCAUGUAAAUAACUGGUAAUCCAUCAGUGUCUUGCAUUUCAAUCAGAUAAGCAUGAACUCUUCCUGUUGAUGGAACAAAGUACUCAAAGAGUAGACCUUGAACCUUGCUUCUGUGACACACAGGGGCACUUGAUGCUUAAUGUUUGAAUAUGGAAUCUGCUAACUGGGUGUCAAUCAGAAUUUGAGAGUUCUGUAUGUUUACAUUUUUUAAUGUGCAUCUUUAUCUGGUGGGCUUUCCUUGUGGAAACUUGCACUAUAAUGAACUAAGAAGAAUAUUGCCUUGUCUUCUCUCAGUCCAAGUGCUUGUGCUGCGAUGGCAACGGCCUCUUUUUGCAAGAUACUGAUUUGUGUGCCAAUUUGUUUGAAACUAUUUGAAGGCAGUUCAGGUUAAUCUCAGUAUUCUCUUUCUGGGGUAGUGAGUUAUAUUACUAUUUGUAAGAGUACUUUUUUAGUGAGAGGGUUGUCAAAUUUGGGAAAGAUGUGUUGGUCCUCAGGUUACAUGGACAGUUAAGCUUAAGUAAACUAUGUCUUGAUUAUUGAACAUAAGAGCUUUCAUUGAAGGAAAAAAAAUGAGAAAAAAUAAACUUACGAGACCAAAAAUUGGGGAAAAAAUGAAAAGAGUUUUAAAUUAGGUUAUGUCUGAUUAGGUUACAUAAAUACAUAAGGACUUAUUUUGAACAUGUGUCUCAAAGUACGCCUGCUUAUUGAUAGGAUUGAGAGCUUCUGAGGAAUGAACUUUGAUGUAACAUACUUUGUGUGCACUUCAAUAAGUUUUUCUGCAUUGAAAUGGUCUUUUAUAACUCAGACUUGGACUUGAUUCCUUCAGAGCCCUGGCCUUCUAACCAAGGUCCAAGAGCUGCUGCUUAGGUCAAAUAAAAAGCACAGUCAUAGGAAUUGCUUAAACUAGAGUUGGUUUCUAGGAUAGUCUCAGGAUUAUUUUUUUUUUCUAUUUAAAAAUUAUGCCUUUGGCAAUGCAUUCAGUAUUUAAGUUAUAAAAAUAGUCACCAUCUGUUUUAGGUAGCAGUUUGUGGGGAGCAUCUUUAUGUUUUGCUGUAAAGGCCCAUUAAUGAGCAUUAUUUUGAGUUCAGAGCCAUGCUUACUUUACCCGUUAUUGAACUCUGCUCAUGUGACUGAUACCAGUAGUUGCUAUAACCUCUAGGAAGGCUUUUUGCAAGAAGUCUGUUUCCCUACAGUAGGUGGUUGCUUAGCUUCUUAGAGGUACAGUUUAUAAUGUUUUGUUUCUCGUAGAAGAAACCUUGCAAGAUUCAAAAACAAAAGUCUUCAGUUUUUUUCCGCCUCUAUGUCCAGUUUUUAAUAAUCAUGCAGUGCUUAUGAGGUAUCUAGAGUUUGUCUGGAAUAUAGAUAUGAGUGUGUGAUUAUGAGUUAGUUGACAGCUAUUUGGGGAUCCACAAAUGAGACCACACACAAAUGUAGGCAUGGAGUGAACAAAUUUAUAACCAAGCAGUCCUUAAAGCAUCAGAAUCCCCUUUAAUCUCAUUUAGUUUUCCUUUCCUUAAGUUUGAAAUAAGCCAAGAGAAAUAGCAUGAUUUUAGAAAGUACCCUUGGCAAAUGCGUGGUUUCUGAUUUCUAGGAUGGCAUUACUGCAUGAUACUGUCAAACUUUGGGUUUUGAAAUUCUCAGGUUUUAAUGUAAAGGGCUUUGGGCCUCAAACAUGAAUUACACAGUUAAACUUUUAAAUGAGGAGCAUUGUGAUUCCAUGUUCUCCCGUAUCUCUCUCUGGUUUGAUUCCGAAGCUCAGUGGACUAAGCUUACACCUGAGUGGGGGGGCAAGGGGAAUGUUUAGGUUUAUCUUAAUGACUGGAAUCAGAUUACCCUGUCCUUACCUCCUUCAGUUGAGGUGAACUUUAUUUUUUUUGUUCGAUCAUUUUACCUAAAGCAUUUGUACACUAUUCUUAAUUUUAUUCCUGAAAAGUAAAAAACCCUCAUGACUUUAAAGAAUUGAAGACUGAUUUCUUAUACUCAUUGACAGAAUAUCAGCCCAGUACAUACCAGUCAUUGGAUUUCCCAUUGUCACUUAGUGUUUGCCCAGAGUCAACACCAAAGAGUUACAGACAGCAUACUUCUGCUUAACUGUCCAUUAGGGGCUUUGUUUUGUUUUUACAUCAAAUAUAAGAAAGUUGGGGGGGGUGGCUGUAUAUCUAUGUGGAUACAUAUUUAUUUAUAUCAAUGCCUAAAUACGGCUAUUAAAAGGAAAAUGAAGCAAGGAAAGUGAUUAGAUCCAAUAUCGGGUCAGGACAUUUGAAGGAAGAGGAUACAGGAGGCUAGACUGAACCAGCCUUCUUGCAGGUGAAGGAUCUGGUGCUGCUUUCAGAUGUUUAUCAUUUAUGAAUUUAAAUUUUUUCUUAAGCUUUAAUCUUUGUCAUUGUCUUAAAGUCAGCUGGUGUUUCUUGUACAUCGACUUUGGUACGAUGGUGCUUUGCAAGGAUGUAUUUAUAUUAUAAUGACCAACAUUUGGUCAGCCCUUCCCCUCUCCACUUAUUCACUUCCCCCUUUUGUAAAAUAAGUGCUUUAAUUAUAAACUGUAUAAAAGUACCUUGUAUAAACCCUUCUUUUGAUUAUUACAUUAAGCUGAAUUGUAACAAAUGAAAUGUUGAUUUUUAUAAUAAAAUGAUGGAAAAAUCAGCAGAAAAA